AUGGGGGCCGCGCUCGGGCCGAAGGCCGUCGCCACCGCCAGCGCGGCCGCGGCAGCUGCCGCGCUCGACAGGCAGGUCGCCCUGUCAGCGUUCGCGGCGCUGUUCUACGGCACCUGCUCCAUUGGCCUGGUCAUGAUCAACAAGUGGGCCUUCAUCCUAUUCCCAUUGACGAACCUGGUCCUGCUGCUGCAGCUCGCGCUCACCCUGGCCGUCUUCGCCGCCCAGCGGGCCGCUGCGCCGUCGGCGGCGUUCCCGGCGUGGAGCGGCGCCGCGGCGCGGUCCGCGGCGCCGCUGUCGGCGCUCUACCUGGGGAACGUUGUGUUCAGCCUGUUGUCGCUGAAAGGUUUGAACCUCCCGAUGUACCUCGUCCUCCGCCGCAACACCCCCCUCGUGGUGCUGCUGCUCAAGCGCGCCGUUCGAGGUUACUGGCCGUCGCCCCAGAUCAUAGCCUCCGUCGCCACCGUCUGCGCCGGCUCUGUCGUCGCGGGGUUCAAUGAUCUGGAGGGCGAGCUCAAGUCGUACUGCUUCGCGGCGGUGUCCUGUCUGCUGCAGGCCGCGUACAUGCUCGCAAUCGAGGUGCGGUCAAGGGGCCACGCCCGCCCGCCGCCGAGGGGCGACGCAGACGGCGGCGACGCGAGCGGCGAUGCCGAGGCCGGCGGCGGCAAGGCGGCGGCGGCGGCGCCGCCGCCGCAGCAGCAGCAGCAGCCCGUCGCGCUUUCCGAGGGAGAGAUGCUGCACUACAACGCGCUGCUCAACCUGCCCUUCGUCCUCGCGAUCUGCGCCGCGACGGGCGAGUUGUCCGGCGCGCGCUCGGCGGCAGCGGCGGCGGUGGCCAAGGCGUCGGCCUUCGAGCUGGUUCUCGCGCUGCUGGGCUGCGCCGGGGGCGGGUUCGUGCUGAACUGGAGCAUGAUGCUGUGCACGUCGGUCAACAGCGCGUUGACCACCACGAUCGUGGGGGUGCUGAAGGGUGUGAUAGGUACGAUCGUCGGCUUCUUUGUUCUGGGGGGCGCCAAGAUGCGGCCGAGCGGCGUCGCCGGCGUCGCCCUGAACACUUUAGGCGGGAUUCUGUAUUCGUAUUUCAAAUGGCAGGAAAAGGCGGCUGCCAAGCGCGCAACCGGGCCGUUGGACGACGGCGGCAGCGACGCAGGGGCAGGGGCGGGGGACGAGGCGGCGCCGCUGCUGGGUGGCGCGGCGGAGGGGGCGGCGCGGCGGCGGAGGGACGCCGACGGCGCGUGA